AUGACUACCUACUCAAUUCGCGCGUUUAUUCCUCCAUUGACGCGCCGCUGCCUACCCCUCCAAAGUAUGCGCCGCUAUGCAGUUCAGGCCCCAGGCGCGCCAAUGAUGGAGAUAUUCAGCAAUCAACAGAAGUGGAUGCAAAAGGAGCGAGCUGCCUCACAGGUCGAACUGAGUAGGAGCGUCGACUACCUUCGCGAUGAGGUUGCUUCGCGCCUAUGCGAGCGACUUUUGGACAUCAAUCGCCAUUUUCCAAAGGUGCUUGAUCUUGGUGCCAACGCGUGCAACAUCGCUCGGAUGCUCACGCUGCCCUCCGAGGACGAACCCGACAAAGGUCCACGGUCCAAGCGCAUUGGUACCCUGAUUGCCGCUGAGUCGUCCGAAACACUUCUGUACAGAGAUGCAGAUUUGCCCUUCAAUAAAGAAAUAGACAUUGUGCGACAAGUCUUGCCAACUUCAGAACUACUCCCAUAUGAAGCAAACACCUUUGACGCUGUCCUGAGCAGCCUGAGUCUCCACUGGAUCAAUGACCUGCCCUCGGUUCUAGCGCAAACCAAUAACAUACUCAAACCCGAUUGCCCGUUCAUCGGCGUCAUGAUGGGCGGCGACAGUCUCUACGAAUUACGAACAUCCCUGCAACUCGCUGAGCAGGACCGCCGCGGGGGUGUUUCCACUCAUACUUCACCGCUGGCCGAUGUGAAGGACAUUGGUGGUCUUCUACAGAAGGCCGGCUUCAAUCUUCUGACCGUGGAUAUCGAUGACAUUGUCGUCGAUUAUCCGGAUGUGACAUCCUUGAUGAAGGACCUUCAAGCCAUGGGAGAAUCCAAUGCGGUAAUCACGCGCGAGAAGGGUGCCAUACAUCGAGAUGUGCUGCUGGCUGCUGAACCAAUAUACAGGGAGCUACAUGGGAACGAAGAUGGCACUCUACCAGCGACAUUUCGACUGAUUUACAUGAUUGGUUGGAAGCCAAGUCCUACACAGGCGAAACCAUUGGAGAGAGGCACUGGCAUGUUCAGUAUCAAAGACUACUUGGAGAAGGACAAGAAGCCUGGUGGCGACGGUAUAUAG